AUGUGUCAACUGGCAGACCAAAUUUUUCUUGGAUCUCAGUUUGUGUUGUGGCUUCACAAGAGAAGUGACUCGAUUUAUAAAUAUGGCGCUUUUAAUUAAAAUUGCUAAAUUCGAGGCGAGAUUGUCGGGCAGAUCAUAUGGAUCUUCUGCACCAGCAGUUAAGAUGUUCAUCGAUGGACAAUUUGUUGAUUCGAAAACUACAGAAUUCACUGAUGUUCAUGAUCCAGCCACAAAUGAAGUGGUAUCUCGCACACCAAAAUGUACAAAAGAAGAGAUGACCCAAGCAGUCGAAAGUGCCAAAAAUGCUUACGCAAAAUGGAAAGACACUAGUGUUCUCACCCGACAAACUUUAAUGCUCAAAUACCAGGCACUUAUUCGACAACACUCGAAAGAAAUUGCUGCAAAUUUGGUUAGGGAAAAUGGAAAAACUAUGGCUGAUUCCGAAGGGGAUGUCUUAAGAGGACUUCAGGUAGUGGAUGCUUGUGCAGGAAUUCCGUCCCUCCUUUUGGGAGAAUCAAUGCAAAACAUAGCAACCGACAUGGAUACAAUUUCUUAUAAAGUUCCCUUGGGAGUAACAGCAUCCAUUUGUCCUUUUAAUUUCCCAGCAAUGAUUCCUCUUUGGUCAUUUCCGGUUACUGUUGCCUGUGGAAACACGGCAAUUUUAAAGCCCUCGGAGAGAGUUCCAGGAGCUUCAAUGAUUCUGGCAGACCUCUUCAAUAAAGCUGGAGCACCGCCAGGGCUUUUGAAUAUUAUUCAUGGACAACACGAAUCUGUCGAUUUCAUUUGCCGGCAUCCGGAUAUCAAAGCCGUUUCAUUCGUUGGUUCAGAUCAAGCUGGACAGUACAUUUAUAAAGAAGCAAGUGCUCAUGGGAAACGAGUGCAGAGCAACAUGGGAGCAAAGAAUCACUGUAUAGUGAUGCCGGACGCUAACAAGAAUAAGACGAUAUCCCAGAUCUCAGGUGCAGCCUUUGGAGCUGCCGGUCAACGUUGUAUGGCUUUAUCCGUUGCCAUUUUUGUAGGAAAGUCCCAGGAGUGGAUACCGGAACUCGUAGAAGCUGCAAAAAGACUGAAAGUAAAUGCUGGUCACAUCCCUGGAACGGAUCUUGGGCCAGUGAUAUCCCCCCAAUCCAAAAAGAGAAUUUGCGAACUUGUGGAGUCUGGUGUUAAGGACGGAGCUGGACUUCCACUCGAUGGAAGGAAUAUCGUCGUGAAGGGUUUUGAAAACGGAAAUUUCGUUGGACCAACCCUCCUCACAGAUGUUAAGACUUCGAUGAGGUGCUACACGGAGGAGAUUUUCGGACCCGUUCUGGUGUGUAUAAACGCAAAUACUUUGGACGAGGGAAUUGAUAUUAUCAAUCGUAGCAAAUACGGAAAUGGAACGGCAAUUUUCACGACAAAUGGUGCAACUGCGAGGGCUUUCACUAAUAGAAUUGAAGCUGGUCAAGUGGGUGUAAAUGUACCUAUUCCAGUGCCUUUGCCCAUGUUUAGCUUUACCGGAAAUAAAGGCUCUUUCCUGGGAGAUAAUCACUUCUAUGGAAAAUAUGGUAUUAAUUUCCACACUCAAACAAAGACUGUAACCCAAUUGUGGAGGUCAGGAGACGCGUCUGACAUCGCAUCAUCAACCGCGAUGCCCACAAUGCAAUAGAUAAAAAAAAUCAUUUCUUGUUUCGAAAAAAGUUUAAGAUUUCAACUAAUUUUAGUAUUAAACUCAUUUUGUAAAUACUAGUAUAGAACCAUUUUUUUCAACAAACUAUUCCAUUUUUGUUUAUCCAUUUAUAGAAAAGUGCUGUAUCGCAUAAGAAAUUUGAUGAGGAGAAAAAAUUUCGAUAAUUUUUGUAUCUCUGGAGUUUAUACUUUCUGAAACUGUAUUUAAAAACAAUGUUUUUUCUCUUUUUGUAAUAUAAAGUUGAACUUCACUCCGAGCAGAAUGUCUUCCACUAUUUAUCAACGUCGAAUUAUUGUUAAAGAAAAUAUUUUUAUUAAGCUAAAGGUUCAAGAAUACUAUUGUGUAGUACAAAACGAAAGAGAAUUAUGAAUAUGAAAUAUGUGUUGAGAAUGAUUGAGUCACAAUAAGAUUUUAAAAGUCUGAGUUCUAAUUUUAUACAUAAUUUACAUAUAAGUAUGACGGUGUUAUUGAAUUAAAGGAGGUGCCUAAUCAAAAAUGGAAAAUUUUUAUAUAAUUUGAGGUUUUAAUUUUGAAUAACAAAAUUUAUUUAUGGGUUGUCUGCUUCCAUUGUAUGUUUGUAACUUGUAAAAGAAUAAUAAAAAAAUAUAUUUUGCUCAAUA